AUGGAGAAGCUCAAGAAGAUUUUGUCUCCUGGACACAAGCAGGACGAAAACGUCAUGUAUAACGAUACCAACUCCACCACCAGCUCCACUACCAGAGAUGGCGCUGCUGCUACCCACCACGCUCCUGGAUCCAGCACCCAUGACACGGACCUUAGACAGAAUGUCCUAGAUCUUCAGAGCAACACCGGUUCCAGACCACCGAUCUCGGAAAAUGCCAGCACAGCAAGUAUCCGAUCAGGUGUCGUUGGAGCCGGUCAGGAGCCUCGCAACAUUGAGGGUACAGGAUUCACAGAUUAUGCCACCUCAGGCGGUUCGGGUGGUUUGGCCGCACCUCAGCAGACACUUCCUGUCAGAAGUGCCACCCCUGUUGGACAGGCCCGCCCCAGAGUCACUCAACAGGAGACCAUGGACCCCAGUGGUUUCGUGAACAGCUCACAUGCACACAGAGGUCUUGGCCAUAACUACAACGGCGACCCCUGCUACGAGGCCCAAGAGGCGCCUGUUCCCGGAUAUAUUCACCAUCAGCACGGUCCCCACGGCACAGACAUUGCCAACAUGCUCGACCCUCACGUACCCGGUGAAUUCCCUUCAGACAACGGUCUUGAAUCUCACGAGCGUACAAGAGACGGCCGUUUGGAAUCAAGCUUGACAUCAGGCUCCCCAGGCCUUGGUUCCGGUGCCUACACAGCCGAGCAGCGCGCUUCUGCAUUGCCUGGUCAAGGAAGCAGCACAACAGACUCAACUAGCGGCCACCACUACGGUAGAGACGCUGCACUCGGCGCUGGAGCUAUUGGAGCCGCUGGAGCUGUUGGAAUCGGUGCCCACCACCAGAACAACCUCACUGCCAAGGUCGAGGAUCCUAACUACGAUCCCCUGCUCGAGCAGCAGAGACAGGAACGCGAACGUGCUCUCGACGCUGCAUUGCCUGGUAGCCAGAGAUCGCAGCCAGACGCAUACAACAACCGUAGCACCUCGGCUGUUGCGUCUCCGUCUACCACCGAUCGCUCCUUCCCACUCAGCAGUCACCCCUCUGAUACCACCGGCUCAAGAGACGUUCCAUCCGACACAUCCAGAGAGCAUCACUUGGGUAGAGAUGCCGCCCUUGUAGGCGGUGGACUUGGCGCUGCCGGUCUGGGUGGAUCUUACAGACCUUCUCACGAGAAUGAGGGUUACGAUGAUCAGCGCUUCGAUCCCUCUGCCGCCUCUGGAGACAAAGCUACCCGUAUUCCCAACCUGAUGUACGGCAGCUCGAACAAGUCUACCCAUGAAGAUACCGCCAGUGGUCAUUCCUAUGGUCGAGAUGCCGCUCUGGCUGGCGGCGCUGGGGCAGCUGGGCUAGGUGUCUAUGAAGCCCAACACCACUCUGGCGCAUCAUCAGGUCAGGGCGUGAACGCAGCCCAGACGGCUAGCGGCCAGUCCUACAAUAGAGAGUCUUUGCCGGGCCAUGGAGUCAACGCAUCCGAGACCGCCAGUGGUCAGUCCUAUGGCAAAGAUGCUGCUCUGGCUGGCGGCGCCGGAGUUGCUGGUUCCCAAGUUCAGGGUUACAACCACGGCGGCCGCACUGAGACCGACCCUGCUUCCAAGACUGUUGGUCCUCACAAGAGCAACCUCAUGAACGUUAUCGACCCUCGCGUCCAGCCUGAGCCCGAGAAGAUGAAGGACAGAACUACCGCUGGUCCUCACCAGAGCGACAUGAUGAACCGUGCUGAUCCUCGUGUUGACUCUGAUCUGUCCAAGCAGAAUGAGCACCAUUAUGGCAGAGAUGCUGCUCUGGCUGGGGGCGCUGGGGCGGCCGGCGUAGGUGCUUACGAGUUGAACAAGCACGAGCGCCCUACUGAGAACAUUGGCAAAUCUGCAUUCGAUCCGAGGUCGACGAACACUAGCAACGUGGUUGAUCCGAACCAUGACCCAAUUCUUGAGCAGCAGAGAGUGGAGCGUCAACGUGCCUAUGAAGCUGCCAUGGCCAGUGGCACAGGUGGUGCAGGUGUCGCUUCUCACGAGCACGGCACCCAUCACGGCACCAAUCCUCAGAGCACUCUUGAGUCUCCAUUCGCCUCCCGCUCUGCCAACACCGACCCUGCUCUGACACAACAACAAUCAGGACACCAUUAUGGCAGAGACGCUGCUCUUGCUGGCGGUGCAGGUGCUCUCGGAGCAGGCGCGUAUGAGCAGAGCAGACACCAUGAUGCUCCUGCAGGAUCUGCCGUCGGAACCCCGAUCUCCGAUCCUCGCUCGACUAACACUGCUGGUGCUCACCAGAGCGAAAUGAUGAAUCGCGCCGACCCUCGCGUCGACUCUGAUUUGUCCAAGCAGAACGAGCACCACUUCGGCCGUGAUGCAGCCCUCGUUGGAGGCGCAGGUGCGGCAGGCGCAGGUGCCUAUGAGUACAGCAAGCACCAUGGUAAUGCUGCCGGAACCACCCACGGCAAUACAACUGGCAACAAUCUCAGUACUUCUACCUUCGAUCCUCGCUCCACCAACACCGCCAACGUUGUCGCAGACCCUAAUCACGAUCCCGUGCUUGCACAUCAAAGAGAAGAACGUCAUCACCUCGGCCGUGACGCUGCUGUGGCCGGUGGCGCUGGCGCGGCAGGCUAUGGCGCCUACGAGGCUCUUGAUCCUAAGGAGCAAGAGAAGCUGGCCAGAAAACAAGCUCACGAGGCUGAGAAGGCACAGAAGGCCCAACAGCACCAGAUGGACAAAGACCUGAAGCACCAGCAGAAGGAACGCGAGCACGAGAUCGCCAAGCAGGAGAAGGCCGCUGCCAAAGACCGCGAG